CUCAGCUCUUCUGUUAAAUAGCUGACAACAAUUUAUCGUACGUAAGCAUUGAAUGUGUUUUAUGUGUUUAUUAGUGUAGUGCAGUUUAGUUUAUGUGUAAAAAGGCACAAUGAGUGCUGCAGAACAAAUAUGUUAUACUCUGAUAUCUGUUUCCAGUGAUACGGAACAGCCUAAUGAAAUGCAGCUUAAGAGUGAUUUAGAGAAGGGUGAUAUAAGAACUAAAAUUGAGGCUUUGAAGAAGACAAUUCAUCUGAUACUCAAUGGUGAAAAAUUUCCUUCCAUUUUGAUGACUAUAAUACGAUUUGUUUUACCACUGCAAGAUCAUACUAUUAAAAAGCUGUUGCUAAUAUUUUGGGAAAUAGUUCCUAAAACAACCUCAGAUGGCAAACUCAUGCAAGAAAUGAUAUUAGUUUGUGAUGCAUACAGAAAAGAUUUACAGCAUCCAAAUGAAUUCAUUCGGGGCUCUACUCUGAGGUUUCUAUGCAAGUUGAAAGAGCCAGAGUUGUUAGAACCUUUAAUGCCAGCUAUACGUGCAUGUCUGGAGCAUCGCCAUUCUUAUGUUAGGAGAAAUGCUGUUCUUGCUAUCUUCACAAUUUACAAAAACUUUGAAUUCCUUAUUCCUGAUGCUCCUGAACUAGUUGCAAAUUUUUUGGAAACUGAACAAGAUAUGUCUUGUAAACGUAAUGCUUUUAUGAUGCUUAUUCAUGUUGACCAAGAAAGAGCAUUAAGCUACCUCAGUUCAUGCAUUGAUCAAGUUCAUACUUUUGGUGAUAUUCUGCAAUUAGUAAUAGUCGAACUCAUCUAUAAGGUUUGUCAUGCCAAUCCAUCUGAAAGAUCCCGUUUCAUUCGCUGUAUUUAUAACCUUCUGAAUUCAAGCAGUCCUUCAGUUCGAUAUGAAGCUGCUGGGACACUGGUUACAUUAUCUAGUGCUCCAACGGCUAUCAAGGCUGCUGCAAGUUGCUAUAUUGAACUGAUUGUAAAAGAAAGUGACAACAAUGUAAAACUCAUAGUUUUGGAUAGAUUGAUUGCGUUAAAGGAGGUUCCAGCACAUGAGCGAGUACUACAGGACCUUGUUAUGGAUAUCUUAAGGGUUCUUACUGCAUCUGAUUUGGAAGUGAGAAGGAAAACUCUGAAUUUAGCACUGGAUCUUAUUUCUUCUAGAAAUGUUGAAGAGAUGGUUUUAGUUUUGAAGAAAGAAGUUACCAAAACUCACAACACAGUUGAGCAUGAAGACACAGGAAAAUAUCGCCAACUUUUAGUUCGAACUCUGCACUCAUGUUGUGUAAAAUUCCCCGAUGUUGCUCCUACCAUUAUUCCUGUUCUGUUAGAAUUCUUAUCUGAUAAUAAUGAACAAGCUGCAGCGGAUGUUCUGGCAUUUGUUCGUGAAGCAAUGCAGCGUUUUGAACAACUCAGGCCAUUGAUUUUAACUAAAAUGUUAGAAGUAUUUUCAACUAUCAAAGCCUCAAAGGUUCAUCGCAGUGCUUUGUGGAUCCUUGGUGAGUACUGUUGUACAGUAGAAGAUAUCCACAGUGUAAUGACAGAAUUUCGUCAAUGUUUAGGAGAGAUUCCAAUCGUUGAUGAUGAAAUGAAGAAAGCAUCAGGAGAAAGCAAAGAAGAGAAGGAUACUGAUGUGGCUAUGGUUGCACCUGUGCAGAAAUUGGUGACUGCUGAUGGCACAUAUGCUACACAGAGUGCUUUUAGUGCUGCGCCAUCUGUAGCAAAAACUGAGAAGAAACCUCCACUGAGAGGAUAUUUAAUGGAAGGAGAUUACUUCAUUGGGGCUGCAAUGUCAUCUACAUUAGCUAAAUUAGCACUUUGUUACAUCACCCUUGUUCAUGAUCCUAAAAAGCAAAAUGCAUUCAUUGCCGAAGCUAUGCUUAUUAUGACUUCAAUCAUACAUUUGGGAAAGUCUGGAUUGGCUGCUAAG